CAGUUCAAAUAGGCAUUCGCAUCGUGAACAUAACACAAAACAGACGUAGUAUUUUCACUAGUUUGUUAAGCAACUUAUAUACAAUUUUGUAAAAGGAACUAUACAUUCCGAUUUUCAAACUAAACCUGUAUAUUUGAGAAAAAAUUUGGUUCCUAAAAAACUAAACUUUUGAAGUGAAAAAAAAGCAGCCACACGUUUUUCAGGAAAUACCUGAAGGCUAUACAAAAACAUAAAAAAACUUGAAUUUUUUUUGUUAACUACUAGCACCUAUACCACUUUCUUUGGCUUACAGAUACAUAGCUUAUAGAUACAUAGAGCCGAUCGGACUGACGAUGGCCCCUUCGGUGCCCUCCAAUGUGACGGUGGCCUCCAAUGUGACGGUGACCCACAAUUCCAUGGUUCAGUGGUCCCGUGGCGAUAUUCUGGAAUGGUUCAACGAUACGCUCAAAUGCAGCCUGACCAAAAUCGAACAUUUGUGCACUGGCGCAGCCUAUUGCAAUCUGAUGCAUAUGCUCUUUCCCGACGUCAUCAAUUUGAAACGCGUGAAGUUUGUUUCGAAUCAGGAAUACGAGUUCCUGGCCAACUUUAAGGAACUGCAGAAAGCCUUCAAUAUGGUGGAAGUGAGUCCACCCGUGCAGGUAAAUAAGUUGGUCAAAGGCCGCUGUGUGGACAAUUUCGAAUUUGCCGUGUGGUUUCGCCACUUUUUCGUUUCCAACCACAAUGCGGAAAGGUUGAAAGGGUACGAUGUACUGGCCUCUCGUGACCACCAGGACAUCGGCCUGGGAAGCUCCCGAUCGACCACACCAGUCUCGGCAACCAAGAAUCGUCGUGGUAUUGAGAUCGUGAAGAUAUCACCGCGACGUGGUCAGAAGAAGGCUGCAUACGAAGAUUACAUCGAGACUAACCAGAACAAGUCGCCGGCAUUCAAGAAGGAUGAUCGUAAACAAGGGAGCACCACCGCAGAAGCACCAGUGCUUAAACCUAAGCCUGGUAAGUUUCCUCUAAAUCAAAGUAAUACAAAAGACAAAACCACGAAAGCCGCAAUGCCGGCAAAGGAGCCAACCCGAUUCAGCAAACGCUCUGUAAGAAUCCCUCCACUCGAUCUAACUGGCAUAUGCGCCGAUACUCCACGUCCAAUGACCCCGGCCAUGGGGACGAAGUCCACCGAAAAACCUGGUCGCCAGAACGGUACUGGUCGCACUGGCCCAACAAUGAUCCAAACGCGAAAGCCAUCUGUCCAAAACGCCAGUGAGCCUAAAAAGAAGGAAGCGGCUAAACGCAUUGAAGCCGUCAACGAACGUAUACAUCGCCCGGAGCCGGAGAAACGGAGCCAUGAAUGUAAGCCCGAGAAAAACGGGCCUCGAAUGGAGCAGUUGGGAGUUGGCAAGGAAAAGGAGUCCCUCCAUAAGACGAACCCUAACGAGAACCCUGCUAAACCGUCUAAUAACGAGAAAACAAAUAACCAGAACAACAAUACCCAGUAUAUCCAUAGUGAGAUCAUCGAGAUCUUCAAGUCGCCGGUGUACUUUACCGAAAAAGGCUCAAAGCCAAAAACCCAUGAUGAUGAUAGUGAUAAUGAUGAUGAUGAUGAUGAUGGUGCUAUUCCCGUUGAACUCUCGAAAAAUCUGGCCAAACUUUUGACAUCUUGCGAACUCUCCAAAGAACAGCUCCUUGCCGAGGUGAUGAUUCACUGUGGCCUCCAUCUGUAUAUCAAAAACACCGAUGAUGACGACGACGACGAUGUGGACACGGCUGUUCAAACCACCAGUACGGAUGCAGCCAGUGGCAGUCAAACGGGAAAAGCCGCCAAGCAUUUGUAAGGAUGGUGGAGCAAUUCAAAAUUAUUAGUUUUUCAGUUUUUAUGCUAAAUUCAACUUUUCAACCGUC